AACUUUAAUCUAAUGCACGCUGUUUCUAUUCCGGCGGCGAAACUCGGCGGACAUAAACACAAUGACGAGUGACAACACGGGUUCCUAUGAGUUUCAGUUUUGUGUUUCAUUUUAGAUUAGCACCGAUAUUUGAUUGCUGAUUCUAAAAUGGCAGGGUUAGAGCUCUUAUACAGCACUGUCGUCAGUAACAUCACCUGCCCACAGGAUGUUGUUGUUUGUUUCGUUCAUUGGGAAAUUGUACGAAGCGGGCACAAAUGUCUUGGAUCUGGAGAUCAGCCUCAGCAAAAUGAUAAAAAGUCGGAGUUACUCCCUCCCGGUUGGAACGACAGCAAGGAGUUAUAUACAUUGCGCUACCAGUCCAAGAAUGACAAGUCCCAUUUGCUUCUCAAAGCCAUCACUGCGGACUCCACCUUGAUUUUCUACAUAAUGGAAUCGGCCACUGAGCGAGUUUCAGAUUUAACCGUCAACGUGAGUGACUAUGUCGACGCAGACAAUCUGCAGGAAUUUGACAGAGUGUUCAAGAACACAGAGGAACUGGCAAAAAAGGUUCAGUCAGGGCUUCUUCUGCCAGACUCUUCAGUGAAGGGAGAAUCCAGCAAGAAGGCUGAAAAGAGGCCCUCCAAUGAUCCACCUCCAGACCGGGACCCUCUCCUAAUUCCUCCAAGGAACCCCUACACCAGCAGGCAGCCGCGCUGGCCAGAUCCACUGGCUCCAUUUGCUGCUGGGGGGGCAGACCUGGAUCCCCUUAGCGGCCGGCCAGGAGGAAUGCUCAUGGAUCCGCUUCGUUCCGGGUUUCCCCGCUCCGGGUUCGACCCGUCCGCUGGCAUACCCGGCCGCCUGCCCCCGGGGGCCGUUCCACCGGGUGCACGCUUUGACCCGUUUGGACCAGUUGGGCAGAACCGACCCGGCCCAGACCCGGAUCACAUGCCUCCCCCCGGAUACGACGACAUGUUUAUGUAGGAGAUGCCGCGGAAGAUGCUGUGCCUUUCAAGACUCGGUAUAAUCAUUCUACAGCCCAUAGCCCAUAAGUUAGAACAUGGCGACUAGUGAUUUUUUUUCUGCAUAAUUUUACAUCCCUUUUCUUUACGAUAAGGGGAGUUUAAAAACUAAUGUGAGCUUGAAUUAUUAACUGCAGACUAAGAGUCAAACUUGCUUUGCACUGACGAGUUUUUGUUUAAGUUUUGGUUUCUGUAUCCUGCUGAAAUGUUUCCAUUCCGAAAGACAAAAAAUAACCCAAUUACAGUUACUAAGGAUUUUUUUUUUUUUUUUCAUUUUUUAAAGACUUAAGUUAAACAAUUAAAUAAUUGCCAAAAAGCAAUUGCAUUGUGUGACGAUUUGUGAAAACAUAAAUAAAACCCACACCACGUUUCGCGUU